UUUCUAAAAUGAAAUGAGCCAGUUUUUUGUCGGGUUCUGUAUAAAACCAAUAUCUGUUGGAUCAUCAGUCUAUUGCCACUGGAAAGCAGAACUUUAGCAGACUCAGAAGUGAAUCAAUAAAGUUAUUAUAUCAACUUAUCGGGAUAUCUUUGCUGGUAUCUUUGCUGGUAUCUUUGCUGGUAGGAAGGUGAAUGAUGAAGUUGAUCGUCGUAAUAUUGUCGGCCUUCGUGGUCGCCGCGACUGCUAAGAACGCCACGUUUUACACCGUAGAAGAGUCGAUUGAUGACCACUACAUAAUCGUGAUGCAGCCUGGUUAUGAUAUUGAUCCCAUCAAGAUACUGAUCUUGGAAGACGUUUCAGGAAUCUUCGAUGGUGCUCAUAUCGAGUAUACGUACACCACAGCCAUUCAGGGCUUCUCGGCUAAACUCUCCAAAGGAGCUGUCGAAAAGCUGCUAGCCAGAGAAGAAAUAAAGUACAUAACCCAAGAUGGCGUCGCCCGUACAUCAGCUGUUGCAUCCUGGGGCUUAGAUCGUGUUGACCAGAGACAGUUGCCUUUAAAUGGAAGAGCAGAGUUUUCAGGCGAUGGCACAGGCGUUAACGUCUAUGUUCUCGACACUGGCAUCGCUCCAGAUAGUCUUUACUUUGAAGGUCGAGCCGUGGCUGCCUUUGAUUCCGUUGGUCAAGGGGAUUACGGAAUUGACUGUCAAGGUCAUGGAACCCAUUGUGCUGGGACAGUAGGGAGUAGCCUGUACGGAGUGGCCAAAGGUGUCAAUCUGUUUGGUGUAAGGGUAUUAAACUGUCGUGGAAGUGGCUCAUGGAGCGGGGUCGUUGCAGGUGUUGAUUUUGUGGCGACAUCUGGCCAAAAGCCAGCGGUAGCAUCCAUGUCGCUUGGAGGCGGCCGCAACUAUGCAUUAGAUGAUGCCCUGAAGUCUCUCAUCAUCGAUGCCGGGAUCACUGUAGUGGCAGCCGCUGGUAACUCCGAUGAUGAUGCAUGCCGAUACUCACCUGCCGGGGUCGAACAGGUGAUAACUGUCGGGGCUACAGCUGUAGACGAUGAACGGGCCUAUUUCUCCAACUAUGGAGAGUGUGUGGAUGUCUUUGCCCCUGGUGUGGACAUCCCAAGUGCAUAUAUCGGAGGUAUAGAGGAGACACGAACAUUCAGUGGUACAUCAAUGGCUUGUCCCCACGUCACAGGUGCUGUUGCUAUCCUUCUGGCUAACAAUCCCAACCUGACACCGGCAGAAAUCGCAGCAAAAGUCAUAGAGAUGUCCACAAAAGACUUGGUCACUGAUCCUGGAUACGAUUCUCCGAAUCGCCUCCUUUACGUACCAUAGGAUCCAGCAACAGCCUCAUUUGAUAGACGUGACGCGGUAAUCCAGGGCGGAUUUUAUUUUAAUGCUGUCGUAAUUGCUAUACACUUCUCAUUUCUCCAUCAUAUAGAACGUAGAUAGGUCAAUGAACACACGUAGGACCUCUGUUGUAUUAUUGAUAAUCUAUUUGGAAUUCUUAAGAAAUUUACUGACAAACUUUCUCCUUUCAGGGACACUCUGGAUAAUUAACGAAACCAUGAAGUGUAAGUUUGAGAAAGUAUACUAUUAGUUAACCUUCACAAUUCUCCUUUUUUUUUGGGGGGGGGGGGUACAUAUCAUUAUAGCAAAUACACCAUAACAAGUAGGGGUGAAUUGUUCUUAUUUGUUUAAUAAUAGCAAUAAAAAUACACCUAGCUGUAAUAUUGUUCUUUUUUCACGAUAAGAUUGGUUCUUCGUUUAUGUUAAAGUUUGCGGUUGCACUUUUUUUUAAUUUUGGGGAUGAAUUAAAUACUGUUAAAUGCGAGGGAGAUUUGCAUACCUGCAUACCUAUGCGUUCAUGUUAUUGUUUUUACUUGGAAUGGCUUACACGUCUAUCAUCACGUUUAAAAUAUAGCCUGUGUAUGAACUAUGUGCAAUAUCUCUGAAUUCGGGUUUCCCCGAACUGUGGGUUGGGAUUCCUUCUCUGCCCCUGUCUCGAUCCUUCCCUUCCACCUCCCCCCUUUCUCUCUCUACCUCUUUCUUUUCUCUCUGUUUCUCUCUACCUCUCUUUCUUUUCUCUCCGUCUCUCUCUGUCUCUCUUCAAGUUCAUGUCUCUCUAUAUUGAUCUUCCUCUUCCUAUCUCCCUAUCUUUGUCUCGUUAUUUAUCACCGUCUCUGUCUCUUUAGGCGUACACCGGCUUGGGAUGAUAUUCGGGGGGGGGGGGUGCAGGGAUCGGGGGUACUGUGUACUAAUCUUAGGGCCUUUUUACUGUAUAUUGUGCAUUGUGUCGAUGUUAUGUUUUUCCAAUUUUAAACAGAUUUCGAAUGUAAAUAUUUCAUAUUUCAAGGUCAUGCUUUUGAUGUCUUUUUAUACAGAUUUUAAUGUAAAACGCAAUAUGUUAUAUCCCACAAUGAAUUACCAUGUCAUUAUUGGACAAAAAUAAAAUGGAGCUGAUGAUUCAUGUAAUUUCAGCCAGAAAUUCAGCAAUUUUGGUUGGUGCGGGUAGGAGAUGGGGUUAUAUAUAUAUAUAUAUAUAUAGGGUAACGAGGCCGCUAUCCAUCUCCAGCCUAACCGCUCAUGAUGGCGGUCUCCUGCGUUAUAAAUGACCUCUUUAAUUUAUUGAAAAUAUUUACCAUAUAUUUAUUAUCUCAUUUGUAUGCUUCGUAUAAGUUUAUUUUUGUACUUGAUUUUCUAUUUAAUUACUUUUGCAAACAUUUCAUUCAUUGUUAUUGUUCGAUUUUUAUAAUUGUAGUUUGAAUUUUUAUUUUUUUAACGCAGAAAUAAAACCAAAGAAAUAAUUAA